CCUCAAUCGCAUCCUCUCUCAAAGCUCGGUUCCACCACUUCAAUCAUCUCAAAGGUCGGUUCUAAUCAUCAUCAAAGCUCCCACAAAGACCCAUUCCAUUACAUUCAAAAGAUAGCGAGAAUGAAGGGCGGGAGGAAGAGGUCACGACAUGCUUCUACUAGUGAGGAUCCAGCGGAUCGACACGAGCGCUUGCAUGCUUCUACCAGGCGCGGCGACCAUAUUGCAGCCACUCAGGCGGUAGAGGCUUCAGCUCCGUCUCCAUCCCCAUCUGCUACUCCGGUCGAGGCUCCGUUAGCUACCCCGGCUCCAUCUGCUACUCCGGUCGGGGCUCCGUCAGCUACCCCCGCUCCGUCUGCUACUAGGGCUCCGGCUGAGCUGGACCCUGCUCCGUUGUCUCCGAUGGCUGAGUUACCUCGUCAGGAGACAUCUUCUUCUGAGCCUAGUGGCGAUGAGUCUUCUUCUUCUUCUGAGCUUAGUGGUGAGGAGGAGGAGCCUCUUAUUCUGCAGGAGAAGAUUGAUGCUGCUGAUGUUAUGCCAGAUGUGGUGCCAGAGGGCGGUGCAGAGGGCGGUGCGGAUGACGACCUCAUCCAGAGGGUGGCACCGUUUCCCGGGGGGCCUGAGGAUCUGUCGCUUCUUGCGCAUUAUCCUGACCACAAGGCUCCUUGGACGUGGCAGGCACUUCUUCGCACAGACCCGCGGUACGUGGACCGUCGGACAUUGAGGGUGGCCACUGUUGGGGGGAAGGUAUGGAACCUCCCCUGUGAUGGCGAUUCAGAGGCCCACACACAUGUGCGACAGCUGCUGCAGCAGACGGGUUUGUAUCACCUGCCUUGGUGCGGGUUACCGGAGACAGACCCAGCUGUCGUACUGGCCCUUGUUGAGAGAUGGCAUGAGGAGACGAGUAGCUUCCACAUGCCGUUCGGGGAGAUGACUAUCACCCUGGACGAUGUGUCUGCUCUUCUCCAUCUUCCCACAGGGUCGAGGUUCUACACUCCGGGCAGAGGGGAGCGAGACGAGGUUGCAGCGCUCUGCGCCCAGCUCCUGGGAGGAUCUGUUGCUGCUUAUCUGGCUGAGUUUGAGGCGGCGGGUGGCCAGAACAUUCGGUUCAUUACUCUGAAGACCAUGUACACGUCUGCUAUGGAUGGGGGACGCUAUGAGGAUGCUGCUAGGAUCUGGCUGGUGAACCAGCUUGGUGCCACCCUCUUUGCCAGCAAGAGUGGUGGUUACCACACUACUGUCUACUGAAUCGGGAUGC